AUGGCUAGUGCUUCGGAACCCCAAACAUCGCCAGCGACGGGCACGCAACCCGUCGCCAUCGUCUGCGUCGGCAUGGCCGGUUCUGGAAAGACGACAUUCAUGCAGCGCAUCAACGCACACCUCCACGCUCAAAAGGAACCGCCAUACGUGAUCAACCUGGAUCCCGCCGUCCUUAACGUUCCCUUCGAGAGCAACAUCGAUAUUCGCGACUCGGUGAACUACAAGGAAGUGAUGAAGCAGUACAACCUGGGGCCGAACGGUGGGAUCCUGACCUCGCUGAACCUGUUCGCGACCAAGGUAGACCAGAUAUUGAAUCUGCUCGAGAAGCGCACUGGCCCGGACCCGGAAAAUCCGAACAAGAAGAUCGUCAAGAAUAUUCUUGUGGACACGCCUGGCCAGAUCGAGGUUUUCGUGUGGUCGGCCUCGGGUCAGAUCCUCCUCGAGUCCCUCGCCUCCUCCUUUCCUACCGUCAUCGCGUACGUUAUCGACACGCCGCGGACCGCUUCGACUAGCACGUUCAUGAGCAACAUGUUAUACGCAUGUUCCAUCCUAUACAAGACGAAACUGCCGAUGAUUCUCGUAUUCAACAAGACCGACGUCAAGGAUGCAAGCUUCGCGAAGGAGUGGAUGACCGACUACGAUGCCUUCCAGACAGCCCUAUCGGAAGACGAGGCGGGGAACGCGUUCGGCGGGGUUGAAGGCGAAGGCGCAGGAAGUGGUUACAUGAGCAGCUUGUUGAACUCGAUGAGUCUCAUGCUGGAGGAGUUCUACUCCCAUCUAAGUGUGGUUGGAGUUUCCUCGAUGACGGGCGCUGGCGUCGACGACUUCUUCGCCGCCGUACAAGAGAAGGCAAAGGAGUUCAAUGAGGACUACCAGCCAGAGCUUGAUCGCAAGAGGAAAGAGAGGGACGAAGAGAAGAAGAAGAAUCGCGAGAAGGAGCUGGACAAGAUGAUGAAGGGCAUGUCUAUGGCGACGGGUGCUAGCAGCAGCACGACGCAACGACCAGGUCGAGCAGGGGACGACGGUGACGACGUGGACGUACCGAGCGACAACGAUGAUGAUGAGGAGGACUACGACGAUGACGACGACGAGGGCGAUCGGGAGGGGUUGCAGAAGAGGUAUGAAGCGGCCAUGGAAUCGGGACGGGACUCGACCAUGGAUGACGCAAGCUUUGCCAAGUUCCUACAUGCUCAACGCAAAUAG